GCCGCGCGUUACCCGCAGUGCGCCCUAUCGUUAGCGGACAGUGAAGGUUACCUGCUUCAACAGUGCUUGAACGGCAACCUUUCGACUGUCUUCUUACAACACCAGGACGGGAAUAAUCCAUCAAAUCAGCCAGAACACCGCCUUUAACAUCAAACGUAAUUUUCAUAAUCUAAAAAAAAACUGAAGCUCGCUUAAGAUUUCUUCAACACGUUUUAGCCAACAAGCUAGCUGUUUGUUUUUGCUAUCUAGCCACACUUUUCCGCCUUACCAGAAGACCCGAGAAUAAAAUCAGAACCAUGAGUUCCCAGGUGAGACAGAACUUCCACCAGGACUGCGAGGCUGCAAUCAACAGGCAGAUCAACCUGGAGCUGUAUGCCUCUUACGUCUACCUGUCUAUGGCCUACUACUUUGACCGGGAUGACCAGGCAUUACCCAACUUUGCCAAGUUCUUUCGUGAUCAGUCGCAUGAGGAGCGUGAGCACGCUGAGAAGUUGAUGAAACUACAGAACCAGAGGGGGGGCAGGAUCUUCCUACAGGAUGUCAGGAAGCCAGAGAGGGACGAGUGGGGCAGUGGAAUCGAGGCCCUGGAAUGUGCCCUGCAGCUGGAGAAGAGUGUGAACCAGUCACUGCUGGACUUGCACAAGCUCUGCUCUGAUCACAAUGACCCACAUUUGUGUGAUUUCAUUGAGACGCACUACCUGGACGAGCAGGUGAAGUCCAUCAAAGAGCUGGCAGACUGGGUGACCAACCUACGCCGUAUGGGAGCUCCACAGAACGGCUUGGCAGAGUACCUGUUUGACAAACACACCUUAGGCAAAGAAAGCAGCUAAAUACCUUCACAGCACAUUUCCCCAAGCUUUCUUAAUAUGUAUGUUUGUAUCUCGCUUUCACCUGUUUUCAAAUCUAAAGCCAUCUGCAUGAUUGAAGCUCGUCAUUGAAACCUCUUAUAUUACUCGUAUUCCAUAUUAAAGUUCAAAGAUCUCUUUUCCCUCUGCUUUUAGCCAUGCCUUUGUCAUCACUAUAUUUGUGGUGGGGUUUUUUGCCAGGACAUGUUUAUCAAACCAAUAAAACAAACCCUCUGGAUUCUGA